AUGCCGUCAGAUCUCUUGUGUUGUGAGGUUGUGUUAGGUAACCUUCGGGGAAGGUUAUGCUGGCAGAUCUCUUUUGUGUGUAAGAUUGUGAUGGGUAACCUUCGGGGAAGGUUAUGCCGUCAGAUCUUGUUUGUGCAGGCCCAUAUGUUGAGUAUGACUCCGAUGUGGAAAGAUCACGGACGGCUGAGCCGCCAGAUCUUUCGAGGUUCGUGUGGGUACUCUUCCGAGGCAAGGGAAGCUCUGCCGCAGAACCGAGGGUAUGAGGCAUAG